AACCGGAAGUAUUCCAAGUUAGCGAGAAGGCUAAUUAGCAUUUCAUCUGUUGUCUUGCCAGCAAGUAAACACACUGAGCCAUGGUAAAUGUAUGAAAUGCAGACCUGUAUUCGCAGAACGACUCUCUCAACGUAAGCGCAGUUAGGGAUGUCAGUGGAGGACUCUGAACUCACUGGUGGAUAGAGACGUUCUACAUUUCUCUGUCACAGGCUUACGGAUGUCCCUGACAUUGACUGCCAUGACCGACAGCACGGUGACCGGCGGCCAGCAGCAGCGGUCGGGGUCCGGGCAGAUGUCACGACCUUCCCGGGGGCCGUACAUCUCAGUCAUCACCAACAGGACCACCAACCUGGUGAUCCGCGGGACCAUGCUGUUUUCUGUGGGCGUGUUCCUGGCCUUGGUGCUCAACUUGCUUCAGGUGCAAAGAAAUGUCACUCUCUUCCCCCCCGAUGUCAUCAGCAGUAUCUUCUCCUCAGCCUGGUGGGUGCCACCCUGCUGCGGCACGGCCUCAGCAAUGAUCGGCCUGUUGUACCCGUGCAUCGACAGCCGCCUGGGCGAGCCGCACAAGUUCAAGAGGGAGUGGUCCAGUGUGAUGCGCUGCGUGGCCGUGUUUGUGGGCAUCAACCAUGCCAGCGCUAAAGUGGACUUUGCCAACAACGUCCAGCUGUCUCUGACUCUGGCGGCGCUCUCCAUCGGCCUGUGGUGGACGUUCGACCGAUCCCGCAGCGGCUUCGGCCUGGGAAUCGGUAUCGCUCUGCUGGCAACGCUGGCAACCCAGCUCCUGGUCUACAAUGGAGUCUUUCAGUAUACUUCUCCAGAUUUCCUCUACAUUCGCUCCUGGUUACCUUGCAUCUUUUUUGCCGGUGUGAUAACUAUGGGGAACAUCGGACGGCAGCUAGCCUUGUAUGAAUACAAAGUUGUUCAAGAAAAGACCCAUCAGGACUGAGGGAUCUGGUCUCCAUCAAACCUCUGCUCAAAAAGACAUUUUCUUUGCACCAACGCAAAGCCAAAAGCAGGUCAUCAAAGGACAUCUGUAUGCAGCAUUGAUUGGGAUUGGCCGACCCUGGCCAAGGCGGAGCAGUCAAGCACGGCCGAUGAAUAAUGGGCCCCUGAUUCGCUGCCCGGCGCUUUCCGCUGGACAAGACAGUAUUUUUGAUUGGCUCUCAUUAGCCCAUUCAGAGGCCGAGGCGACAUCGGCUACAUGAUGGACCUUCAUUUGCCACUGAACUGAGGUGAAUAAUGAGAGCGGAGGCUUUUUUUUUUUUUUUUCCAUAAGUUCUUUUGGUGCGGUUUAUCCACUGCACCGUCUGUGAAUGCAACUCAUCUGGAACAUGAUUAGCGGCAAUGCAUCUGUCAUCGUUCAGAUCAACUCAGCACUAGUGGUUUGAAAUCUUUGGCUCCAUUGUGCCAAACAGAGUCAUACAGGGGACGGCUUUGAAACUCUGCCCAUACCUUCUAAUCCUCCUCACAUCCCUUAUGUAUCGCUAGAGAAUCUAUAGCAUAGCUAGCUUAUAUCUAAAGAGAGAUACGCACCUAUAUUCCAGGCUUUUAUUAUGUGUAAUUACCUUAUACGCAUCCACACUCAUUUGGUAGUAUUUUAUUUUAGAUGUAAUGAAAUGAUGAUGUGUACUGUAUGCAUGUCUGCCCUGGCUGUAAGGACAAGGGGUGCUCAGUGUUCAGCAUUCACAUCCAGUAGGUAUUUCUGCCAGCCUUACCUGCCCCCCCCCUCUGUCAGUCACUGAGAUGUACAGUACCAUCGGAUCCAAUGAACCAAGACUUUGGAUUGUGGAUGGCUUUUUGGCUUUGAUACUUGGCUAAACUGACACAGGCAGAGAAAAUUGGAUGUGUACCAUAUCUAAUUUUGAAAUUGGUGGUUUAUUUAAAUAGGCAAAAGCACUGGAUUUGUGUUGCACAGUGUCAAAAAGCUGUUUGUCUGGUCCUCUGUCAGUGCAGCAUUUGCUUCCCCCAAACAGCAGGAAUGCCAAAUUGCCCAGCUAACUUUGAAAAAGCUUCUUCUUAGCACUUAACACAUGAUAGCUGUGCUUUAACACCAUAGGUGAUUAGUUGAUUAACGCACAACAUGUAAUAUAAUAGAGGCAUCAGCUUUAGGUGAGUAGAACAUUUUUUUUUCUCUGAAAUUUGAAUGAAAGACGUUUUAUAUUUAUCUUGAUCAUGCAUCAAGACUGUGUGUCACUCAACCUAACUGUGUUAGUUGAAUACUUGCAAAGGUAAUACAUACCGUAGCAUAUAACUAUGGAACUACAUAGUUUGUUUCUGACAGUUUCCCAAUGUUUUCAGUGGCUUAUAAAGAAUACUUGUGGUGUUAUGAGUGCAAGAUCUUUUCAUCACACAGAAAGACAAACUUGACUUGUCUCUGGAUUCGUUUUCAAAAUGCGCAGCAUCUAAUGUUGAUAUUCUGAAUGCCAUGGCAUUGUUCUGCAAUGUCUGCUGGGUAAUUCACCGAUCCAUGUACGGGGCUUCUUUGCUCUGUUUUUAAAGCAAGCACAUAUGUGCUGACUUGGUCCAAAAAAAGAGAGGUCCAGAUACAGUGUUCAUAAAUAUGAAGAACUCAGUUCCUCUAUUUAGGUCUUUGCUCAAGCACGUCCUCGUUUGAAACAGGUGAUAGGCUGCAGGAUGGAUUGACAACAGUUCUGGUAGAAACUGCAGGUGGUCCUUUUAAUUAAAGAAAGAGAGGAAAAUAGAAAAACAAGGAGGAGAAAUGGGUAUCACUUUCUGUACAAGAGGGAGGGACUGCUGGACCAUUAAGGGACUUCAAAUGUCUCCUGUAAAAGCUAACAGAUCUAAUUUGAACAAUCACACAGUGUUGAAAAACCGAAACUUGCAAAACAGUGUUUUUGUAUCAUUAAGAUCAUUAAGAUGUGGGUUGCAUGAUGUGUAAGGCAAUGUGGACAAACAUUUUAAUACAAUGACAGAGUUUGGGUAGCAUGUUUUAUAUCAACAUUGUAGCAUCUGUUUUUUUGAUUUUUUUGUUUUGUUUUUUUGUUAAAAUAUCAUGGACUGGUUGUUGUUAUCCCUCCAGAAACAGGAGGGUUUUAACAUGUGUGGUGGUUGAACAGGGACUUAAUCAAUCCACUCACUCAUGCAACCUCUGGAAGCUGAACAUGUGCAAUCUCUUUUGGUGUAAUAAAGAACAUGCCUUUUGGUAA